CGCUGAGCCCGCCCGCUCCUGGCGCCGGGGGGGCCGGGCGUGAGCGCGCGAGGCGGCCCGGGCCGGGCGGCAGCAUGCGGAGCGGCGAGGAGCUGGACGGCUUCGAGGGCGAGGCCUCGAGCACCUCCAUGAUCUCGGGCGCCAGCAGCCCGUACCAGCCCACCACCGAGCCGGUGAACCAGCGCCGAGGGCUGGCCGGCCUGCGCUGCGACCCCGACUACCUGCGCGGCGCGCUCGGCCGCCUCAAGGUCGCCCAAGUGAUUUUGUCCCUAAUUGCGUUCAUCUGCAUUGAAACCAUCAUGGAAUGCUCCCCGUGCGAAGGCCUCUACUUUUUCGAGUUUGUAAGCUGCAGUGCAUUUGUGGUGACUGGAGUCUUGCUGGUUCUGUUCAGUUUCAACCUCCACAUGAGGAUUCCCCAGAUCAACUGGAACCUGACAGAUUUGGUCAACACUGGACUCAGCACUUUCUUUUUCUUUAUUGCCUCCAUCGUACUGGCUGCUUUAAACCACAAGACCGGAGCAGAGAUUGCCGCUGUGAUAUUUGGCUUCUUGGCAACAGCAGCUUAUGCAGCGAGCACUUUCCUGGCUGUGCAGAAAUGGAGAGUCAGCAUCCGCCAGCAGAGCGCCAAUGACUACAUUCGAGCCCGCACCGAGUCUAGAGAUGUGGACAGUCGCCCGGAGAUCCAGCGUCUGGACACGUGAGGACCCCCAGAGUCCUGCUUCUACCACAUGCCCACCUGUCCUUCAAUCAAGUUUUCUUUCUCUGAGCACAUUAGAUCAUCAUGUGAUUCCAUUGAAUUGUGUCCCCUUUGGUAAAAAUUCACUUUGGGAAAGGCUUUCUAAAGUGGCCCAGUGGUCAGCUUUGUGUGGCUGGAGAGGCCUGUAUCCUCUGGCCCUGGGUGGCUGUGGGGGCAGCACCCCUGCUGACCACCCAUGUCCACUCUAGGUCUCAGCUGUCCCAGAGCAUUGGCUCUCAUCCCAGAGCCACUUUGUCAUAUGUAUUUCUGAUGAGUCAGAACUUGGGGUUAAAUGGGGCUGCUAAGUGUCAGGACACGAAGGUCUAGGGUUGCAACAGUCAGCCUUGAUUUCUGGGCAGCCCCUGUAGUGGGCUCUUGGUGGAUGUUAAGUCUGUCUGCCAGGAUCCACCCUCCUCAUCGUCUUCCAUACCUGGGGUGCCCGAAGGCCACGUGGGAUUCUGAGGAUCUUGGUGAUGGAUGUGUUGGUGGAUCUCUUUGCUGUGUCUGUGUGUUGCAGGGACAGGAAAAGCUGGUGUUCUGUGGGGACAGCUCCAUGGGACACUGACUUAUGGGAAGGUCACCAUUUUUCUCCCACCUUGCUGAGAAAUCAUUUGAUUCUUCCUCAAAAGGACCACCUUCCUAAGUCCCAGACUCAUCCAGUGAUAUGGGGACCAUGUUGUUUGCCAGUUUCCUGCCUACCCUAAAUACCUGGAGGCUGAAUUGCAGAGUUCCUGCAGUUUCAUCUUCUUAGGUAAAAGCCACGAAGAUAACAUAGCCCAUUCCACCAGCCAAAGCACUUGCCAGCCUGCUGGCCUCCUGGACAACAUAUGGGAAGUUUUUGUGUGUGUGUGUUUGUGUAUGUGUGUGCACUCACACAUGUACACACACACACACACACCUCUGUUUUAUGGAUAUGAACUAACUUUCUAAAUACCUGAGAAGAGUUCUAAAGUCAUUCUGGGUAGACUUGUUUAGGAUUCAAGCAUACUUGAAUUUUUACCAGGGCAUGUCCUUCCACGGAUGUUCCAAGGCACUAAUUGUUGCUUUGGAUGUUAUCAUUAUGAACAUCAUUCUUGGAAGCUGUUGGGGGAAAAAUUCUAGUUUUUUGAUUGGUUCUUGAUAAAGUGAGGAUUAUUUUUGUGGUGAAUGAGUUAAAUAAGCCCCUAGGAUGCUGUAGUUUUUGUGUUGUUAGAGAGUAAUUUUAUCUUUUAUGGAAAAACUAUCUUAAUUUGUCAGGUUUUUCACUCUAAACCAUUGUAAUGUUUACAGACCUCACUCUAGCUCUAGUAUUUUGGAAUUAGCCCUACUGAGGAAAAGACAUUGUUGGCAGGAAGGUCUUGCAGUAGUGUGGAGAGCCCCCAGGAUCUUGUACCAAGGAUGGCUCAUAGCCCCACAGUGUGCUAAGAACUAAACAGCCGAGAAGGGGGUGGUACACAUGUUUAGCUUGGGGAGGAGAACACGUGAUACGUCUCUCUAAGCCUGUGUGGCACUGCAGUCUUCAGGAAAGAACAGUAUCUGAGUUAACAGUGAAGAGGGCCUGCUGGUCAGUAGAUGGCAGUCUGGUGGUCAGGGCCCAAGGUCCGCUCCUUAAACCCAGUGUCCAUCACAGUCCACUUCUGCUGUGGUUCCUGUCUGGGGCAUGGCCCAGGUCGCAUGGCCCAGGUCACAUGGCCAAGCUUGUGUCUGGUUUCAGGGGCUGACCCAGCUAGUCUUAGUGGUAACUCCUACCCCUCCCUGCGUCUCCCACAGAGGGUAGGCUGGGUCUGGCCCCAUGCCUGGUGAGUCCGGUGGAGCCUACUUCACAUGUCUGUCUGAGUCAGAUCACCUCAUGCUUCCCCAGCUUUGAAUUUAUUAGAUGGGGUGAUAUGGGGGGAUGAUGGCAUCUGGAUUUUAUCUGUUCAUUUUACAUGUUUAUUUGAGUGUGUCUGCAUGAUCAAAAAUGGGCUUAUCUUCCUCUGAGAAUUCCAUUCAAAAUCAGUUCACAAAGACCCAGCCAUGCAUCAGCUGGGGCCCACUUGGAAGGACCACCCUGAGCUUUAUCAGGAAUCUGCCAGGAGUCAUAUUACUUGGCCUUGGUAGAAGGCCACUUUUGAAGUGAGUUUGAAAAAAAACAAUUUAGGCGGGAUUGUUGCCUGAGUUUCCCCUGGUCAGCUCAGUAAAAACAGUUUCUCAUCUGGUGAAAAGGUACAAUGCCUGGCCUCCUGAGGAUGUACUUUCAGCUGAAAGGAAGAGGUCUGAGGCCCAAGAAGACAGUAAGUACCCAGGGAGGCUAGGAAGCCAUGCUGUCUUGUGCCCAGACAGGCUUGGGAGUUAAUUUGCAUCUUAGAGAUAGAAAUCUUUGGCAUUAUUUAUGUCUCAGUAACUAUUUAAUUCCUUUGUGAUAUGAGGCUUCCCAAGGGUUUUGUAAAUGUAUUUCCUUGUUCUAUUUAAUUAGUUCUCAUCAAAUCAGAAGUGGCCUGUAUACGUUCUGAGUGAGCAGAGUGCACUGAGUGUACUGAGGGUGUGGCCUGAGGAACAGUAAAGAAGGAUGAUGGUCAUCUGCAGUGCUGUCAAGACACCUGUAUUUUUCUUAGUUGUCUCUAAGUUUUGGGGUCUUAAAUUGAUCUCUGCAAAUUGAAGGAAACAUGUUGUGUGUGUGUGUGUGUGUGUGUGUUGUGUGUGUGUGUUGUGUGUGUGUGUAUGGGCA